AUGCCCAAGCACAGACUUCCUGAUAUUGAAGCCGAUUAUGACAGUGAUUCAUCUACCGAAGAGACUGAGAAUACCAUUGGAAAUGUACCUCUUGAAUGGUACAAAGACCUUCCUCACAUUGGUUAUGACAUCGACGGCAAGAAGAUCCUCAAACCCGCUACUGCAGAUGAGCUCGAGAAGUUCUUGGCCACUAUGGAAGAUCCUGAUUCAUGGAAGACCGUACGAAGCGAUAGAGAAGGACGUGAUAUUGUCUUGAACGACGAGGAAAUGGAUAUCAUUCAACGUCUCCAGGGUGGAAAUAUUCCUGAUGCUGAUUAUAACCCUUACGAGCCUACUGUCGAGUGGUUUACUAGUAAGACUGAGGUUAUGCCUCUCUCUGCCCGCCCUGAGCCUAAGAGACGUUUUGUACCAUCCAAGUGGGAAGCAAAGAAGGUGAUGAAAAUUGUACGUGCUAUUCGUGAAGGUCGCAUUGUACCCCGUAAGCCCAAGGAUGAGAAACCCCGUUUUUACAACCUGUGGGGUGAUGAUGAUAAGGAUCGUGAAGAGCAUGUUAUGCACGUUGCUGCACCAAAGAUGAAAUUGCCAGAACACGACGAGAGUUACAAUCCUCCUGCCGAAUAUCUGCCUGACGAGGAGGAGAUUAAGCAAUGGAAUGAGAUGGAGGAUGAAGAACGCCCCAAGAACUACCUUCCCAAAAAAUAUGCAAGUCUGCGUCAGGUACCUGCCUACGACCGUUUCAUUCAGGAGCGAUUCCAGCGCUGCCUUGAUCUUUACCUCGCACCACGUGUCAGAAAGAACAGACUUAAUAUUGACCCAGAAUCACUUGUUCCCAAGCUUCCCAGUCCUAAAGAUCUCCAACCCUUCCCUACUCAUCAAUCAAUUUCAUAUGAAGGUCACACUGCACGUAUUCGUUGUCUGUCUGUACAUCCUGCAGGUCUUUAUGCCGUAUCUGGUGCAGAUGAUAAAACUGUCCGUCUCUGGGAAGUGUCGACCGGUCGUUGUCUCUUCCUGUGGAACUUUGAUGCAGUUAUUCACUCUAUCGCAUGGAACACCAACGCUGAUAUGUGGCUCUUUGCUGUUUCUAUUGGCGAGGGUGAGGUUCUUUUGAUUGCUCCCCCCAAGUUGUGUAGUCCUGAGCAGAUGAUGACUGUUGACGUAUUUGUGAAGGGAGGCUUUGCAAAUGUUAAUGACGAAGAAAAGAGUAAGGCUGUCUCCUGGACUCGCCCUACUGAUGAUGAAGAAGAGAAGUACGGUUAUAAGGUCAGGCUGGUCCAUACCCAGGCUGUCAAGCAAGUUACAUGGCAUCGUAAGGGAGAUUACUUUGCUACUGUUGCACCGGAUGCCAAAAACUUUGCUGUCCUUAUUCACCAAACCACAAAACACUCUACCCAAACUCCCUUCAAACGCCUCAAGGGUCUCAUUCAAAAGGUUGCAUUCCAUCCCAUCAAGCCUAUCUUCUUCGUUGCAACACAAAUAUACGUCCGUGUCUACGAUCUCAUGCGGCAAGAGCUGGUCAAGACACUCCAACCAAGUGUCAAGUGGAUCUCUAGCAUCGAUAUUCACCCUGCAGGUGAUAACGUUAUUAUUGGUAGUUACGAUAAGAAGGUGUGCUGGUUCGAUAUGGAUCUUAGCUCACGGCCGUACAAGUCUUUGAGAUUCCAUGCCAAGGCUGUUCGUCAGGUCAUGUAUCACAAGAGAUACCCACUAUUUGCCUCAGCUUCAGAUGAUGGCACUAUUCAGAUCUUCUACGGAAUGGUUUACAAUGAUCUUCUCCAGAACCCUCUUAUUGUUCCUGUGAAGAUCCUCAGAGGUCACACAGAAAAGGACGGAUUGGGUGUAUUGAAUAUCGAAUUCCAUCCUACCCAGCCAUGGAUCUUCUCAUCAGGUGCCGAUGGUUCAUUGAGAUUAUGGACCUAA